ACAAGCGGACACGCAGUAUUAAAAAGCGGAAGCGGAAGCGCUUCCACACUACCAAGUCGUUCCCAAAGUCAGACGUUACAAACGCUAGGAAGCACUCGAGCUAGCACUCUAGUCUCAUCUCCAUAGGACGCGACUAGCAAGGACGCGUCCUAGCAAGGCUGCAGCCUUCACUUUGGGAAACAGCCUGGGUUAGGUUAAAUGGCGUAGGAAGUAGUACGGAAGUGAGGAACAUCACAUCUAUGCGUCACGUAAGCUGCCUUGCACAGAACCGGGCGGAAGUACCUGUACAUGGAGGCUAUUGGUCGGUCAGUCACCAACGUCUGACAGACAACAUUCACGAACAAAUAAGAGAGAAGCUGUUAUGCCGCCUAUUUAUUUUGCACCGCCCAGUUCUUUGGUACCGCCAACCCCUAGGUCCACACGUUACAGUGUCGCAAGGACUGGGCUCACUGCUGUGUCAACAAAAACAGUCACGUGAAUGAGACAGCGGAAAUCAAUUGUGGUGAGACUUCGCUGAGCGUUGUUUGUGAUCUAUAGAAAACGUUGUUUACCAUACUAUCAAGUCUAUGGAAAUAUUGUUAGGGUAACGUUAGGUAUCUGUUAGUUUGAAAACGUGACACUGAAAGGUAAGUAACCUAAACAACACCACGAUUUAGUAUUACCUAUCGAAUUGAUCGGAUAUCAAUUCAUAAUAACUUUUAACGUCAAACUUUAAUCUUUCAUAAAUACGUCUGAUUUUAGACCAGCCUUUAUCUACACCUCAAAUUUGUAUAUAGAUUUGCAUCCGAGUCUAAAAAGUUGGCGAAUAGCCUAUCCUUGUGUUGUCUAUAAUGCAUAACAUUGUAUUUUGUUUUUCACUGCUUGUAACACUACAACGCUUGAUGCAUACUUCAAACGUUUGCAAUCAAAUAUAACAAUGCCUGCACAUAAUAAAGAGGACAACAGGCUGCACUUCUACAAGUAGAACAUAUCCAGGGGAGGGGACUAUAUAUUUUACUUGAAAGGCCAAGAGUACUCAAUAUUGUUAAACUAUGGUAAAUACAUUUAAUGAAAAUAAUGGCUGACGAGUAGGCCUAUGCACCUAUUGCACACGAAAUUGUUAACGCACAUAUUUGAAUAGCUAAAACCGUUGGCUAAACCAUGGAGCAAUACUUAAAAAAUAUUACCGAUUGGCUUAAAUUAGUAUUAGCCGGAAUGCUAAAACACCUGUCCUGAUAGUUACAAUCAGGAAGUUUCGGCUGCUUAUUUCCUUAAAGGAUACAUUUUCGACGUAACCAAAGUAUUCAAGCAUCCACAGAUUGACUAGUGUAAACAUCUUUAUUUAGUGCCUUGGUACAGGAUAUUGGUUUUGCAAUGCCACUUUGAACCACAUUCGGCACCUGCAAGGUGUUAAUUUCUGACGCUGUGGACAAAUUUGCAUAGUCGAUUAUUCGCUAAACCACCAACCUUUAUUCGACCUUCAGAAAGGGGAAUUUUGCACAUCCCUGGAACUAGAAAACCCUGAACUUCAGUUUUCGAAGGCAAUCCUGGCCAAGCUAGACGCGCUGCAGGAAAAGCCACACAACUAUAAGUUGCGUUGGAAACCAGGGUCCAAGGUUUGGGAAGCUUGCCAUCAAGCUGCAUUAUUCAAGUUGCUGUAUAACCAGCAACAACACAUCUCAUAAAGAAGGACAUUUGCUCAUGUUUGUUCCUGUAGCGGCAGCUACUGCCUCUAAAUAGGAACACAGCUAUACAUAGAGUGUGAACUUAUAAAACACAAUGACUCCAGUAGCAUUAUCAUGAAUUACACGCAACACAAAUUAUUCAAAAGAUAAAGCUAACAUGUUUCAUGUGUGAACUGACCUUUUAAGCCUCCAAAUAUAUUUUCUUUACUGUUUCAUUUGCUUAGACCUAUACGAUCAAAGCCUCAUUUGGGUAAUGAUUUCAAGACACUAACCAAGCAUCAUGGACGAGGACUGGAAACCACUUGUAAGCUCAGAUCAAAAUUCUGAGAGCUCAGACCGGAGGGACUCCACCGACUUUUUGGACUGCAAAGCUAAAAGACCUUUUCAUGUUGAGCCCAAGAACAUAGUAAAAGAUGACCUACGGGAGCGGGUUUCAUCUGAAGCCUCCAUUCUGAACAGCAGACUGCACUACUACAGUCGAUUGACAGGGUCGUCAGAUAGACUACUGAGCCCCCCUGACCAUGUUAUACCUCAACCGGAAGAGAUUUACAUUUACAGCCCUUUAGGGACCGCAUUCAAAGUGAAAGGAGGGGAUGGCGCCUCUAAAAACCCAAGUAUUGUCACAAUAUUUGCAAUAUGGAAUACAAUGAUGGGCACGUCUAUACUGAGUAUACCUUGGGGUAUAAAACAGGCUGGCUUCACUCUAGGAGUUCUUAUUCUGAGCGCUAUGGGGCUUCUGACCCUCUACUGCUGCUACAGAGUCCUGAAAUCCCCCAAGUCAAUACCCUACAUUGACACAUCUGAUUGGGAAUUCCCUGACGUGUGCAGGUAUUACUUUGGUAAAUGUGGACAGCUGUCCAGCCUGGUUUUCUCACUGGUGUCACUGUUAGGGGCAAUGGUGGUCUACUGGGUCCUUAUGUCCAACUUCCUCUACAACACUGGCAAAUUCAUAUACAACUAUGAGCAUAACAUAUCUGAUCCUGACUUCGGAAGCAAUACCUCGGUGAUCUGUCCAUACCAACUCCACAAUAGCUCCAUGGAUAUUAGCAUCACUUCUAACAAUACCUCAGAUGCCCUUUUUCAUUUUUGGUGGAGCAAGACCAACACAAUACCCUUUUACCUCAUCAUCUUGUUGCUGCCUCUGCUGAACUUUCGCUCAGCCUCCUUCUUCGCAAGGUUCACAUUUUUGGGUACUAUAUCAGUAAUGUACCUGAUCUUUCUGGUCACGCUUAAGGCCAUUCAGCUGGGCUUCCACUUGGAAUUCCACUGGUUUCACUCAAAUGACUUCUUUGUUGCAGAGUUCAGGACGCUGUUCCCUCAGCUGACCGGUGUUCUUACGUUGGCCUUUUUCAUCCACAAUUGUAUCAUUACCCUGAUGAAGAACAAUAGACAUCAAGAAAACAAUAUCCGGGAUCUGUCUGUGGCCUAUCUCUUAGUUGGACUGACCUAUCUUUAUGUGGGAGUGUUGAUCUUUGCAUCUUUUCCCUCACCUCCGUUCUCCAAAGACUGCAUUGAACCAAACUUCCUGGACAACUUCCCUAGCAGUGACGUCUUGGUGUUUAUUGCUCGAGCAUUCUUGUUAUUCCAGAUGACCUCAGUUUAUCCAUUGCUCGGCUAUCUAGCCCGGGUCCAGAUAAUGGGAUAUCUAUUUAACAACUCCUACCCCAGUUUCUUCCACGUCAUCACGUUGAAUAUCUUCAUUGUUGCUGCGGGUGUCCUCAUGGCCAAGUUUUAUCCUGACAUCGGAUCCAUCAUAAGGUACUCUGGAGCAACAUGUGGCCUGGCCUUGGUCUUUGUCUUGCCUGCUUUAGUGCACAUGAUAUCGCUCAAGAGGCAAGGGGAGCUUAAAUGGCCCUCAGCCAUUUUUCAUAGUCUUCUGAUCCUGCUUGGUAUAGCCAACCUACUGGGACAAUUCUUCAUGUAGACACUGACUGAUUGGAUAUUUUCAUAAAUGGUUUUCAAAAUUCUAAAACAUGAUGAGAACAUCCCAUUGAAUCUAUGACGUUGCUGAAAAGAUCCUUAGAAGACUGUAUUUUUUUAUCCAUUGCUGCCUUAUGCUUUUACUUCGAUUAUUUUUUUCAUGUCAAUGGUAUUAAUUUCUUCUUUCAAUAAAUGGUGCGAUAACCUAUAAUUAAUUGAAAAAUUUUGACAUUUGCAGAAUUAUAUAUUUUAACAUUGCAAUAAUCUCGGUCAAAUAGGCAUAAUUUCCUAUUGAAAUUUGGUAUGGGAUCUCAUUUUAAUGUUAAGUCUGUGCUGAAACUGAAUUCAGUUGUAUGGGUGUACUCUAUGAAAACAACUGUAUAUAAGGGUGCUAUUGCUCACAUUUUGCUUGUACAGCUGUCUUCAAUUGUAUUAAAGAGUCGUUAUAUGUGAGGUAAUUAAUU